GAGGGUCCCAGCUGCUCUCUGCGUCUGGAUCCCCGUGUGCAUUUCGCCAGGGACCCCUGCGACACCUAGCCAUCUCCGGACUAAGGCCAGGGGCGCGUUCGAACCAGGAGAACGACCAUGCUUUUGGCCCAGAGGAGACUCUUCUCCCUUGGCUGCAGAGCAAAGCCCAUAAAGACAAUUUACUCUUCGAAAGUCCUCGGACUCUCCACUUCUGCCAAAAUGGCUUUGAAAUUCAAAAACGCCAAACGAAUCGAAGGCUUGGACCGCAAUGUGUGGGUUGAAUUUACUAAGUUGGCAGCGGAUCCUUCUGUUGUGAAUCUUGGACAAGGCUUUCCAGAUAUAUCCCCUCCUUCAUAUGUAAAAGAAGAAUUAUCAAAGGCUGCAUUUAUUGAUAACAUGAAUCAAUACACAAGGGGCUUUGGUCAUCCAGCACUCGUGAAAGCUCUAUCCUGCUUAUACGGGAAGAUUUAUCAACAUCAAAUUGAUCCAAAUGAAGAAAUCCUUGUGACGGUUGGGGGAUAUGGAUCUCUCUUUAACUCCAUCCAAGGACUGGUGGACCCAGGAGAUGAAGUGAUAAUUAUGGUGCCCUUUUACGACUGUUACGAACCCAUGGUGAGAAUGGCUGGAGCAGUGCCCGUGUUUAUUCCUCUGAGAUCUAAACGUACUGACAGGAUGAAGUGGACUAGCUCUGACUGGACAUUCGACCCUCAAGAACUGGAAAGUAAAUUCAGUUCCAAAACGAAAGCCAUUAUAUUAAAUACUCCACACAACCCCAUUGGCAAGGUAUAUACCAGAGAGGAGCUGCAAGUUAUUGCUGACCUGUGCAUCAAGCACAACACUCUGUGCAUCAGUGAUGAGGUUUAUGAAUGGCUUGUCUAUACUGGACAGAAGCACAUAAAAAUAGCCACUCUUCCAGGUAUGUGGGAGAGAACAAUAACAAUAGGAAGUGCUGGCAAGACAUUCAGUGUGACCGGCUGGAAGCUCGGCUGGAGCAUUGGCCCUGGUCACCUGAUAAAACAUUUACAGACUGUUCAGCAAAACAGUUUUUACACUUGUGCAACCCCUUUACAGGCAGCCUUGGCCGAGGCUUUUUGGAUCGAUAUCAAGCGCAUGGAUGACCCAGAGUGUUACUUUAAUUCUCUGCCAAAGGAAUUAGAAGUAAAGAGAGAUCGGAUGGUCCGUUUACUUACCAGUGUUGGCCUGAAACCCAUUGUUCCUGACGGGGGUUACUUCAUCAUUGCUGAUGUGUCUUCAUUAGAAAGACAGCACACUGGAUGCUGCUGAAGAAAUCUUCAGGGCAUGGAACAGCCAGAAGUCUUGACUUGUGCAGGUACCAGGGUUCCAUCGGCUUGCAAGCACUUGCUACUCAGUGCUGCCACCUGGUGGGCACUAAAAAGAAACGUUUCAGGACGAAGACUUAAAUAAACAUUUCCAUUGUCUCCAAAGUUCCUAACUUUGUCCAGUACAUUCCUAACAGUGUCCAGUACAUUCUGGUUUUAUUCAUUUGGAGUGUAUUAAGGCAACUUCCACUGUAAUUUUGAGACUGUCAGUGUCAACUUCUCCAUGUUGUAUUUUCUCAUGAGUGGAAAAAGAAAUCGUAAUUACUGCUCCAGGUGUAGCAUGGCUUGCAAGCCCAACACUUGGUAAGUGGGGGAAGGUUCAAAGUCAUCCUCAGUGAUGUAGGAAGCUGGGGGUCAUCCUGGGUUACAUGAGACUCUCUCUCAAUACAUGAAAGAAAGAAGCAAAACCGACAUAUAUUCAUCUGGGGCUCGUCAGUGAAGUUACUGGCUCAUUCUGUGUGAAGCCUGGCAAGCCACAAACACACGAUGUUGACCAGUUUCACCUCUCUGCCCUGCUAGGCACCAGCCAGCUGUGAUGGUGCCUAUAGCUCCCUCCCUGGGACACUGAACUUUGCUCCUGGCUUUGUUUUUCUCUUCCAAGGGCUGCUGUGAUUUGGGGUGGCUUCAAGGUCCAUACGGGCAGCCUAUGUUUUCCAUCCGAUGACCUUGUUGCCUCUGAUGGUGUUCACCUCUGCUCCACCUGAACCACCCACUCCCUUGGCCACACCCUGAAACGGUCAUCACUCAGAGCCAGUUCACCUUUGAGAUAGUAAAUUCAUCCUCUCUCUAUAUAUAACCGCCUGUCUGCAGCUCAUGCUUCUGUGGCUAUGUGUUUUCUCUCU